AUGCCUGCAAUUGCCAUGCCGUCUCUUUCGUCUCUGCUCUCAUGGCGCACGCUCGCGGUCCUUUUCGCCCUGGUUAAUCUCAAGUCGCUGCCUUUAGCCUGGCACGCGCGCCUGUUCUACCGCAUGUUCACGAACUGGUACACACAUGCGCGGGUGCAGCGCAGCUUGAAAUGGCAGUCAGGUUCCUCUUUGUCGGUACACCCUCUUUUCCAGCCCGUGUCCAUAUUCACCCGCUCCCCGCUCCUCGAGACAGACUACAACCUGCACAAAUCGAACAGCACCUACUUCGUCGACCUGGACGAGAGCCGGACCGUGCUCAUGACGAAGCUCCUGGUCCCGGGCUUGAAACAAGGGAAUAAGGACCUCGAGCGCGAGGGCCACCGGGGUCCCCUGAGCGUCAUCUUGGGCAGCGUCCACACGUCCUUCCACAAGGAGAUCAAGCCGUACGAGCGUUACGAGGUUCGCUCGAGGAUACUUGCGUGGGACAAUAAGUGGAUUGUGGUGGGGAGUUGGUUCGUCCGGCCUGCGUCGCGGAGGGGCCAACACGAAGUCCUCCUGGCUUCGGCGCUGAGCAAGUACGUGGUGAAGAAGGGCAAAUUUACCGUUUCUCCAGAACGAUGCUUUGUCGCUGCGGGAUGGCUGCCACGCAGGCCGGCGAACUGCAACGUCGGCGCAGACCAACAAGACAAGCCCGGGACGAGGGAGUCAUCAUCAGAAGAGUCGGUGCCUCCAACGACACCGCCACAGGGCCUUCCUCCCACCGACACCGAAAACUUGACCAUCACAACCACAGCCAACCCAUCCUCUGAACCAUCCCUAAUACCCACACCUCAAGAAGGUCCUUUUGCAGCGCCGGUCCCAGCAUCCAAAACGCUGCAAAACGCGGACAUCAUCGUGGCAAAGCUCGAGACGGCAGCGGCAAUGACCGGCGCGGCAACCAUCUCGUCCUCCUCGGAGCCCCUCGCGUCGCUCACGGCCCGCGCAGGCGAGAGCGAGUGGUCCUGGCACCGGAUCGAGAUGGAGCGGAUCCGUGGGCUGCAGGUCGCGCAGAACUGGCUGUCGCUGGACAAGGAGCUGAUGCACGAGUUCGUCAAGGGAUAG